AGAUCAAGUGAAAAGUGUCAAGAAAUGUUGAGUGGGAGAAACAAGCGAUCGGUUUUCUAAGCAGGCCGAUGUACCGCUGCCGUGUGACAGUGCGAGCCCUUCUUAAAGCGACACCAUAGCAAGGCGCUCCAAGCCAGUCAGUCUUCAACCUCCCCUUUCAUUACGACUGAGUGCUGCUCGUCAGUGGGCUGAGUGCUGCCCAUCAGUGGUCUGUGUGCUGCCCGUCAGCGGGGCUGUGUGCUACCAAUAUCUUCUCUCUACACAAAGUAAAGGUUGCAGGAAAAAAAGAGGAGCGCUGCAUAGCUGAAGUAGUACCUCAGGUGGAGCAGCCGCACCUUUAACACACUUCCGCCGCCAUGGAGGAGGAAGCCCAGGAGGAGAGGCGCCGAGUGUUCCAGCUCUGAUUCAGCUGCCACGGAAGACCACCGGUCCCGUGCAGGCAGCCAGACAAGUCAGAUUAAUGCCUCGCUGUCGCCUCCAGCAAGAUAGGAAGGAAGUUAAUGAUGAAUGAGUCGCAUAAUGAGCCGCUUUAAGCCUCAAGAUGUGGCGGUGCAGUGAGCAUGCAGCGCCCCGGUAGGCCUUUCCUGGCUCGUUAAGGCCGUAAGAGGUGAUGCUCGUGACGUGACUGUAGCAGAUUUAGGUGUGCAGUGUUUCAACCGUUAGUGCAAAGAUGAUGUUUUCUCACUGCACUGAAGACUUUAGUGACAUUUUCUUUAUUUCGCUUAAGAUCAUGUGGAAAAUAUCAUUGUAACAAAGACGGUGAAGUGACCAAUGAGGCGCCAGCAGGCAGCAGCAGCAACAGCAACAGAGGUGACGCGUCGUGGUGUAGUGACGAUGUGACCUGUUCAUUGCUCACUGUUCGAGUGUCGCGAGGAACUGUCCCGGGAAAUGGGCAGCUGAGUGUCGCAAGAAUGUUGUUGCACACCCCUAAUGGUCAUAAUCAUUCGGUAUCCACGCUUGAUGGCCUGCAAAGUGGUGUAUUAUUGCCAUAAUAGACUAGCCUCAGUGGAACAUUUGACGGCUUUGUUGGAAGCUUUUAUUAGAGAAAUGUGAACUGUCAGAAUACAAAGAAGUUCAAAACCUAAUACAAGAGCAGUACCAGUGCAGGAAACAUUGUGUUGAAGACUUGCUAUCAGAAUGUGUACGUUUAAGUUAUUUACAAUGCAGCAGACGCAACAGAAUUACAUUAUUUAACGGAAUAUUGGAAAAAUGUAUAUCAGAGGCGAAAUUGAAUGCCUAAAACUUUUUUGAUCCAAUAAAAUACAUACACGCAAUUGUGAACCCGAACAGGAGUGAGUGGAGAGAGGCGGAGGCACGAGACAGGCGUGACGGUGUGACGAAGAUACCAGGCCGCGGUGUCGAUGACUGUUACGGACAGGACCGAGGCAGUGAGUGGCGCCCCGGUGACGUGCAUCCUGACACGCUGGAAGACCGAUAACUUGAGGAGCGGUGAAGAACAAUUGCAUCAGGUACCAAAUUUAGUUACGUAUGACAGAAUUCAUGCACUGCAGACAGUAAACGGACGAGAACAAGAACAAAGUAACGAAACUGAAGUGUGACCUCUAAAGUAAUGCUUUACAUUAGUGAGGCGUUUAUGCAAGCAGGUUUUGACUACUAACUAUAAUAACACCUUAUCUUUUUGUUUCCUUAAGUGAAAAAUUCGCAUAACAAAAAGACUUGGUGCCCUAGAUGAACAGUGCGAGGGCUCAGGGAAGCUCUCACUCAUGACGGAGAGGUUGGUCGAGGAAGAGCCACGAGGAGACGUGUUGGAGUAGCGACUGGUCAGUGCUGGCGACACCUUGGUUGGCAGCGGCGUAACACCGGCAGGCAAGCUUGCUGGCCCUCACCACCGCCGGCAUGAACUUGCGCCUGACGCCCCCCGCCAUGCUGAGUGCCAGCAUCAUGCUGGCCUCGCUCCUCAUCCUGCUCGGAGCCAACUCCGGAUCGGCGGAGCCCAACCCAGAACCCGCUAAAGGCAAAAGCAAGAAGGAAGGAGGCAACUGGACGCCCCCGGAGUUCGACGAGACUCUCCCCAGCAGCGUCACGGUGAUGGAGGGCGAGACGGCCACCCUGCCCUGCGUCGUCACCAAGCUGCGGGGCCGCUCUGUGUCGUGGAUCAGACAGAGCGACCUGCACGUCAUCUCCGCUAAUCAGCUGAUCUUCACGUCAGACGAUCGGUUUAAGGUGAGGAUGGAGAACGAGACGUCCUUCGAGCUGGAGGUGCGCACCGCCCUCACUAACGACUCGGGCGUGUACGAGUGUCAGGUGAACACCAGGCCCAAGCUGUCUCGCCCUGUCACCCUCACGGUCCAAGCGAGCGGGGCGAGCAUUCACGGCCCCGCGGAGGUGUACAUCAAGACGGGCUCCACGCUGGUCCUCACCUGCUCUGCUGCCAUCCACGCUAACGCCAUCACUAAGGUGGACUGGGAGCACAACGACACCAAAGUCACCAUCUCCGGGCCGCGUGGCGGGGUGAGCAUCCACACCGAGGCUGGUGGUCGAGAGGUGCGGGAGGUCACGUCCAGGCUGUCAGUGGUGCGCGCAGCCCCUCCUGACGCCGGGAACUAUACCUGCCGCCCGCAUGCCGCCCUGCCCGCCACCACCACCGUCUACAUCGUCGACGAACAGUUCCCGGCCGCCAUGCACCACGAGAGUCGGGCGGGGGCGGUGGUGUCUCCCUGCUCGGUGCUCCUGCUGGGCGCCGCCUUCCUCGCCGUCAGAUGAUCUGUCCACCACACACAUCUCGCCAUUUUUUUACUUCCUGCCUUUUGUAUGGCUUUCCCGGACCUUAUGUUACUUUGUAUCCAUUAAGGCGUCAUGAUUAGCAGUGUUCGGAAAUGUAAUUAGCAUAUACUCUAUAUUGUCAAAGGUAUUUGUGCAUUAAAUCUUAAGUAAUA